GUUUGGCUGUGUACGAACUCCUGAACCGGUGUGAUUCAAGUGAUGCAACAUGGCAGCAACUGCUGUCCGUACGCGUUUUUUCUCAGUCCUACGGACACAUACCAUGGGUCAGAUCCGUGGAUUGGCAGAGAGGACAGUCAGCCGGGUGUCUACUGUGAUACUUAACCACCGGGGAGCAGAGGCAAACACAAGCCUAGAAAGGAGAGCUCCUGCCUGGGAGAGAAGAAGUGGUUGGAAUGGCAACACCAGCAGCAGCUCUCUUCUGAUCAAGUCAGUGUCGGUGGGUCUGGGACUCUGUGGUGUGGCGCUUCUGGAUAGUCAAAAAGACAAAGAAGUGACGGACAGAAGCAUCUCAGUGUCCAGACGGUUUCUGGAAUUCAUCCUGUCACCAGCUCAGUGCGCUUCUCCCUUUAAACCUGACAGCCCUCGGUUUAAAUACAACUUUAUUGCAGAUGUGGUCGAAAAAUCCAAUCCAGCUGUGGUGUAUAUUGAAAUCGUAGGCAGAAACCCAUUUUCAGGUAGAGAAGUCCCAGUGUCCAAUGGCUCUGGUUUCAUUAUCAGCAGUGAUGGUCUCAUUGUCACCAAUGCCCAUGUUGUGGCCAACAAGAGAGGUGUUCGUGUGAAGCUCACCAAUGGAGAUAUGUACUAUGCCACAGUGCAAGAUGUAGAUCCAGUGGCAGACAUUGCCACCAUCAAAAUCAGUCCAAACGAUCCUUUACCCACACUCACAGUUGGUCGGUCAUCUGACGUGCGACAAGGAGAGUUCGUGGUUGCCAUGGGAAGCCCGUUUGCUCUACGGAAUACAAUCACAUCGGGAAUUGUCAGCUCAGUACAGAGAGGCAGCGAGGAGCUGGGCCUGUCCAAGUCCAACAUGGAGUACAUACAGACGGAUGCAACAAUCGAUUUUGGAAAUUCUGGAGGCCCCCUGAUUAAUUUGGAUGGUGAAGUCAUUGGUAUAAACACCAUGAAGGUCACUGCAGGGAUCUCUUUUGCUAUUCCAUCGGAUCGCUUGAGACUUUUUCUUGACCAAGCAGCAAAAAGAAAAAGUUCUCGGUCUGAUGAGCCUGAGACAAAGCGGCGGUACAUUGGAGUGAUGAUGCUGACACUGACACCACGUAUCAUUGCCGAGUUGAAGUUGAGAGAUCCAUCCUUCCCAGAUGUGAUGCACGGAAUUCUAAUUCACAGAGUCAUCUUGGGCUCCCCAGCUGACAAUGCUGGCAUGUUACCUGGAGACAUUGUGGUGGAGAUCAACGGGGUGAAGGCAAACACCUCAGAGGAGAUCUACCAGGCUGUCCGAAACGGCAACAAACUCACCAUGGUGGUGCAGAGAGAACAUAAGUUGGUUCAGCUGCAAAUGACUCCCGAGUACACAGAGUGACACUAACCUCGCCAACUUCACAGAUGGACAGAAGGCCAUAUGUUCCUCUACACAAGAAGAAAACUGUGAACCGCCAGGUGGAAAAUAUUUCUGCAGUUAAAAGUUCUGCAAGUCAAGUACAGUCUGUCUUCUUUACAUAGUCGGUGGCAGUGAGCUGCACAAGUUGUGAUUUUUCAAAUUCAGAUCGAAGCAUCAUGAACUUGCCAAUGCUUAAACACCUGCUAGUAUUUA